GUGAUAGCAGAUACAGAAGUUGUUACAUUUAAAUACGCGUCGAGUAAUUUGGUAGAUGCUGAGGUACUCUCACCUGAUUUGAAGUACCCUAAACGGCACACGUACAGCUUAUCAUCGGAUGUAUUCUGCGAUAAAUACCGCUUAGUAGACUAUCAAGAGGGUGAAUUAUUGAGAGCAAAAAUAUCUUAUCCAGCUGGUCCAAUCAACGUAAAAGCCGAUAUAAUAGAGGAUGGCAGGUUAGAAAUUUGUUAUAAAUCAAACUACAAGCUAGAUUCUACAUUCGAUUUAAGCAUAGAGAAUGCUAUAUUUAAUAGAUUCAACUACACUAUUAUACUUCUAAUCGUAGCAACCAUCAUUAGUGUAUAUAAAUAUGGGAAACGCAGCAUCAAAAGCACCUAGAAGGUUAUCAAAAAUACAAACUAAGGAAAUACCACGUGCUAGCGAGUCACUUAAUAGAAUGAAAGCACCUCCAAAGGAGGAGAUUCUAAAAGAUGGACAAGAUCCAGAUUUUAGUGCGAAUUUAUCAAAGAUUGAUCCUGUAAAGAUACAUAAAAUGCAAACUAAUUUUAAACCAUCAGACAAAAUGAUGGAUAUUCUCAAAGGUAGAAAAAUAGAGAAUGAUAUUGAGAACGCAGCUAUGACGCGUAAUAGGCUAAGUGCGCAGUCACUCUUGUCAUACUUGGAGGAACGCAAAGGGAGUAGUGAUGUAACGCAGCUGAAUAAGGAAUUCGACGUAGAGAACCAAACUAUGGAGGCUAUAUCUGAAUAUCUAGCAGCACCAAGACUUGGCACACCCUUCACCGUUAAAGUAGACAAUGAGAGAGGAGAAAUCGAGAGAGUCGAAGUAUUUGUUUAGGAACCUGAUGUAUAUUUAUUCUAGAGUGUUUAUUUAGUCUCUGUAUACCUUUAAAUUAAC